AUCUAAAAGUUAUCAUGGUCGAAAAGGAAGGUGGAAAGAAAGUCAAUCGAUGGAAGAAGCAAAGUGGAGAAAGCUAGGACGUGGUCCUUUGAAAGCUCUUAACGUUCAAGAACUGGCAAAAGAACAACUAGCAACCAUUCCGCCGCGAUAUAUUCAAGAUGAUGUAGAAAAGACAUCACAUAAUUCUUCCAUGUUGUUGCCUCAAAUCCCAGUGAUCGACAUGGAACAACUGUUGCAUGGUCAUGAUCAUGAUUCAGAGCUUGAGAGACUUCAUUUUGCUUGCAAAGAAUGGGGAUUUUUCCAGGUGGUGAAUCAUGGGGUGAGUAUACCGUUGAUGGAGAAAGUGAAAUCAGAAAUCCAAGCAUUUUUUGAUCUACCAUUGGAAGAAAAGAAGAAGUUUGAGCAACAAGAAGGGAAUAUUGAAGGAUUUGGUCAAGAUAUUGUUUUUUCUGAAGAGCAAAAGUUAGACUGGAGUGAUUUGUUUUACAUAACAACUCUCCCUGCCAAUAUGAGACAACCUCAUUUAUUUCCUAAGCUCCCUGUCUCACUCAGGGACACCUUGGAAGCACACAGCCAAGAAUUCAAGAACCUGGCAAUAAGCAUCCUGAGUCAAAUUGCAAAGGGUUUAAAGAUGGAUGAAAAAGAAAUGAGAGAUCUAUACACUGAUGGUAUGCAAAUACUAAGGAUGAAUUAUUAUCCUCCUUGCCCUGAGCCAGACAGGACAUAUGGCUUAAACCCUCAUUCUGAUAGUGAUGCUCUCACCAUCCUCAUCCAUUUGAAUGAAACUGAAGGUCUCCAAGUCCGAAAAGAUGAUACUUGGGUGCCUGUAAAGCCCCUCCCAAAUGCUUUGACUGUCAAUAUAGGCGAUAUGAUGGAGAUAGUGAGCAAUGGUGUUUAUAAAAGCAUUGAGCACAGAGCAAUUGUAAACUCAAAAGAAAGAAGGCUAUCUCUUGCAACAUUCUAUACCUUUAACAACGACUCUGAUUUGGGACCUGCACUCAGCCUCAUCGGACCAAAUAACCCUCCGAUUUUUCGAAGAACUAACUUAGCAAAAUCAUUGGAGAUUUUUUCUAAAAGAAAAAUUAAUGGAAAAUCGUUCGUUGAUUUCAUGAAGAUGGGGGCUAAGGAUGAUGAAUCCUAGGUAGCAUUUGAUAGUACUCUACAUCGUUCAUUUUGAGCUUGUUUUCAAAGUUACUCUUGCUAUUUUAACUUCAUGAUCCAUUGUUUGAUGGUUGUAUGCCUGUAAUAAAGAAGGAAGUUACAUGACAAGUUGUCACGUACUUUCAUUUAGACAUCUUGCUAUUUUAACUUCAUGAUCCAUUGUUUGAUGGUUGUAUGCCUGUAAUAAAGAAGGAAGUUACAUGACAAGUUGUCACGUACUUUCAUUUAGACA